UCCGAGUGGAGAGAGGUCUUUUCUCCUCUUCUAUUGAAUCUCAGAGUUGGCCGUGACGCGCGGCCCAGGGGAAGACCACAUAGAUCUCAGCAGAAUGCCACGACCGUCGAGUGUCCUCACCCUCCUUCCACUCGUGUAUGGGGAUCACUUUACGCACGGCGCUUUUUGAGAGAAACUUCACAACUUUUUGUUUUUCCUCCAGAGGCUCGGCGAGUGCGGUGGAAGCGGCGGAGACCUCCGGAUCACGAAAUGUUGGGAUGGAAGGCGCAGACUUUGACUCGCCGUCUCCGACCGGAGUAUGAAGCCCUACUUCACGGGAUCUCCGAGAGUGAAACCCUGCCGCCGCCGCGGGAUAUCGCUGCACGCUUUCGGGGAGCUACUCUAACGUGGGAAACGGUGACCAUCGCGCAGUCCCCGCAACAUGGCCUCGGCUGCUAAUGCGCCCUCCGAGCAGGAAAGCAGGGACCCCGAUCGGCCGAGAGUAACGCGGAGGAACAGGGGGGACUAUACCCGCGGCACACCGCUGGAUUUGGAGUAUUUGCAGCGGCCGAGCUACUGCGAUGCCGGCUUCGCUUUGCAGCAAAUAACAGAGGGGAAGGCGACCGGGAGGAAAGCACCUCUAUGGCUGAGAGCGAAGUUCCAGAGACUCUUAUUCAGGCUGGGCUGCUACAUACAAAAGAACUGCGGAAAGUUUUUGGUGGUGGGCCUCAUGAUUUUCGGAGCUUUCGCCGUGGGCUUAAGGGCCGCUAAUUUGGAGACGGACGUGGAGAAACUCUGGGUGGAAGUUGGCGGACGUGUGAACCAGGAACUGAGGUACACGCGGCAGAAGAUCGGCGAAGAGGCCAUGUUUAACCCUCAGUUGAUGAUCCAGACGCCGCGGGAGGAGGGAACCAGCGUACUAACGGUGGAGGCGCUCCUGCAGCACCUGGAGUCAGCCUUACGAGCCAGCAGAGUUCAUGUUUACCUUUAUAACAGACAAUGGAAAUUAGAAGAUUUAUGCUACAAAUCAGGAGAACAUGUCACGGAAAUUCAUUAUAUGGAUCAGAUCAUAGAAAAGCUACAUCCCUGCCUCAUCAUCACCCCUCUGGACUGUUUCUGGGAGGGAGCCAAGCUCCACUCUGGAAUGGUCUAUCUCCCAGGUAAAGACCCUCUUCAGUGGACCAACUUUGACCCUAAAGAUUUCCUUGAGGACUUGCGAAGGGCCAAUUUCCCCGUGGAAGCCUUUGAGGACAUGUUGGAAAAGGCAGACGUGGGACACGGCUACAUGGAUAGACCCUGUCUGAACCCUGCUGACCCCGACUGCCCCCUCACCGCGCCCAACAAGAACUCAACUAAGCCGUUCGAUGUGGCGCGGGCCCUGAACGGCGGCUGCCAUGGUCUGUCCAGGAAGUACAUGCACUGGCAGGAGGAACUGAUCGUAGGAGGGACCACCAAGAACGGCAGUGGACCCCUGCUCAGUGCCCAGGCCUUGCAGACCAUGUUCCAGCUGAUGACUCCCAAGCAGAUGUUCGAACACUUUCGGGGCUACGAAGACGUUUCCCACAUCAACUGGAACGAGGAGAAGGCAGCAGCCAUAUUGGAAGCCUGGCAGCGGAGAUACUCUGAGGCGGUGCUGCAGAGUGUGGCAGCAAAUUCGUCUCAGAAGGUCUUGUCUUUCACCUCAACCACUCUGGAAGAUAUUCUCAAGUCCUUCUCUGACAUUAGUGUCAUCCGCGUGGCCAGUGGAUACCUGCUGAUGCUGGCCUAUGCGUGUCUGACCAUGCUGCGGUGGGACUGUGCCAAGUCUCAGGGCGCUGUGGGGCUGGCGGGCGUCCUGCUGGUGACACUGUCGGUGGCAGCGGGCCUGGGCCUCUGCUCUCUCCUCGGCAUCUCCUUCAAUGCUGCAACCACGCAGGUGCUGCCCUUCUUGGCUCUGGGAGUAGGAGUGGACGACGUCUUCCUCCUCGCUCACGCCUUCAGUGAGACCGGACAGAACAAGAGGAUCCCGUUCGAGGACCGUACGGGGGAGUGUCUGAAGAGGACCGGGGCCAGCGUGGCCCUCACCUCCAUCAGUAAUGUCACAGCAUUCUUCAUGGCAGCCCUCAUCCCCAUCCCGGCGCUCCGAGCCUUUUCUCUGCAGGCUGCAGUGGUUGUGGUGUUUAACUUUGCCAUGGUGCUGCUCAUCUUUCCCGCCAUCCUCAGCAUGGACCUCUACCGUCGAGAGGACCGACGUUUUGACAUCUUCUGCUGCUUCUACAGCCCAUGUGCCAAUCGUGUGAUCCAGAUCGAGCCUCAGGCGUACCUGGAUGGGGCGGACGGGAGUCGUUACAGCCCUCCCCCGUCCUAUCGCACCCCACCUACCACAUAUCGCACUCCUCCCCCGAGCUACAGUAGCCCUCCUCCCUCUUACAGCAGCCAUGGCUUUGCCCAGCAGACAGAAAUCACCAUGCAGUCCACAGUGCAGCUCAGGACAGAGUAUGACCCCCGAACUCAGGCCUUCUACACCACAGCCGAGCCCACUUCCCAGAUCUCUGUUCAGCCCAUCAAUACAGCUCAGACCAGGAGCAACCCAAGUGACUAUUACUGCAGCAACGCCAACGGCAACAGGAGCAGCAGCAGCAAUCUCAACAACAACAAUAGCGGGAGCCGGAGCAAUGGUGGGUCCAGAGGUCCCGCCACCUUUCCCCACCAUCACCCCGCACCUCCUCCUGCAGCCCCGACUGCUAGCUCGCUUCCUCAGUGCGAUGCGGCCUCGUCUGCAGGUCAGAGCCCGGAGAACAACAGCUCCACACGGAACCUGUUGUCCCAGUUUGGAGAAGCCUCGCUGGGCCUGCGCUGCCUCGAGCCUCGCUGCUCCCACUGGACCCUGGCUUCUUUUGCUGAGAAGCACUAUGCCCCGUUUCUCCUGCAGCCCACCACCAAGGUGGUGGUAAUCGUGCUCUUUCUCUGCCUGCUGGUCGUCAGUUUGUACGGGACCACCCAGGUGAGGGACGGCCUGGAGCUGACGGAUAUCGUGCCCAGGGAAACCAGCGAGUACGACUUCAUCGGCGCCCAGUUCAAGUUCUUCUCCUUCUACAACAUGUACGUGGUGACGCAGCGGGCCGAAUAUGCCAAGAUCCAGCCGCUGCUGCACCAGCUCCACCGGAGGUUCCACACCGUCCGCUACGUGCUGAAGGAGGACAAUGGGCAGCUGCCGCGCAUGUGGCUUCACUACUUCAGGGACUGGCUGCAAGGUCUUCAGCAGGCGUUUGACAAGGACUGGGAGGCCGGCCGCAUCACCCUCAACAGCUACAGGAACGGCUCUGACGAUGGCGUCCUGGCUUACAAGCUCUUGGUGCAGACGGGACGCAGAGAGAAGCCCAUCAACUUCAACCUGUUGACUCGUCAUCGGCUUGUGGACGCAGAUGGGAUCAUCAACCCCGGGGCUUUCUACAUCUAUCUGACCGCCUGGGUCACCAACGAUCCCGUGGCGUACGCCGCCUCGCAGGCCAACAUUCGCCCACACCCUCCAGAGUGGCCCCACGACCGCACCGACUCCAUGCCCGAGACACGCCUCAGCAUCCCGGCUGCCGAGCCCAUCGAAUACGCACAGUUUCCCUUCUACCUCAACGGGCUCCGCGAGACGCCGCAGUUUGUGGAGGCCAUCGAGAGCGUGCGAGCCAUUUGCAGCAACUACAGCCGACAGGGCCUGCCCUCCUACCCCAACGGCUACCCCUUCCUGUUCUGGGAACAGUACGUUAGUCUGCGCCACUGGCUCCUGCUGUCCAUCAGCGUCGUGCUUGCCUGCACCUUUCUGGUCUGCGCCCUCUUCCUGCUCAACCCGUGGACCGCCGGCAUUAUCGUGUUGGUGCUGUCUCUCAUGACCGUGGAGCUGUUUGGCUUCAUGGGGUUGAUGGGAAUCAAGCUGAGCGCCGUACCGGUGGUGAUCCUCAUCGCCUCCGUGGGCAUCGGAGUGGAGUUCACCGUCCAUGUGGCCCUGGCGUUCCUGACAGCCAUAGGGGAUCGUCACAGGCGGGCCGUGCUGGCGUUGGAGCACAUGUUUGCUCCGGUGCUCGACGGAGCCUUUUCUACCUUAUUAGGUGUCCUGAUGCUUGCAGGCUCUGAGUUCGACUUUAUCGUCAGGUAUUUCUUUGCCGUGUUGGCCAUCCUCACAGUUCUGGGAGUCCUGAAUGGUCUCGUACUUCUCCCAGUGUUACUGUCAUACUUCGGCCCCUAUCCAGAGGUAACACCUGUGGAUGGUCGUAGCCGGUUACCGACCCCGUCCCCAGAGGCCCCACCUCACGUGGUCCACUUCUCAGUCCGACCUCACCACACAACCACAGCCACCAUCUCUGGUGCAGCCUCAGACUCUUCCGACUCGGAGUACAGCUCCAACACCACGGUGUCCGGCAUCAGCCAGGAGGUGCAGAACUACAACCUGCCCUUGCGCAGAGGGGCAACCCGAGCGGAGGAGCAGCAGUACCACCUCCAGACCAGCAGAGGCAGAGCAGUCAGGCCAGAGGAGGACAGGAGAGCAGGAUCAGGGCACAGGCGCUCAGCCAGACAGCCCGACCCGCCGGGCUAUGUGACUUCGUCUGUCUCCUCUCAGGGUUGUGAUUCUGGGCCCCAGCCAGGAGCCACUCAGCGCAACAGCAGCAGGAACCCCAAGAGCCAGCUGCACUGGCAGGUCCCGCCCCCAGCCCGCCCGCGCAUGGACGCUUUUGAAACUGCUACUGAGGCUGGGGGACAUUAUGGCUCAAACAGCCAUAGAGAACACUCAGCAGGCCGCAGAGCCCGCUCUUCCCACAACCCACAACCUAAUCACCACCUCCCACACCACCACCCCAACUCUACCCCAUAUUGCCAACCCAUCACUACGGUAACAGCGUCGGCCUCCGUCACCGUUGCCGUUCACCCGGCCCCCUUGUCCAACCAGGGCCCCUCCACUUCCUCUUACCCAGGGUACACUGCAACGGACAGUUACUGCCCCUCAGGGCCAGAGGCGCCCGAGGCUGCUUUCCAGGACCCGCACGUGCCGCUGG